AUGCCGGGGGAGACGAGCAAAGCAGGCCCCUCGGCGGCGCCGACCUUGGGGCCCUCGUUUGGCGGGGCUGGGACGGCGACGAAAGCCAAGUUUUUGCCGCGAGAGACGAAGAAUACGGAGCUGGGCUGGGGCGUGGUCCAUUUCUACCGAGACGGACAGGAGUCGCCGUUGUUGGAUGCGCCGCAGCCUGGCGAGGACGGACCGGAGCGCGAGGACACUUCGACGGCGGAUGCCUGCAGCACGCUGUGCAUACCUGCCGUGCCGGCGUACAUGACGCCGGGGGACUUUAUGGGCUUCCUCGGUGACCGGUGGACGGGCGACAUCAGCCACUGUCGAAUGGUCAUGACGUCGAGCAUGAAUCGAUAUCUCGUCCUACUGAAGUUCCGGGACGGGGGUCGAGCCAAACAUUGGAGACGGGAGUUUGACGGCAAGGUGUUCAACUCUAUGGAGUCUCAAGUAUGCCACGUCGUCUUCGUCAAAUCCAUCACCUUUGAAACACCGACGAGACCUCGCCGAAACGAUCAAUCUGUGGCGUCGUCGUCUUCGGCUGUCUCGAACAGCUUGAAGCCCUUUCCGCCCCCUCCUCCCAACCUCAUCGAGCUGCCGACCUGCCCCAACUGGAAAGGGGCCGGAUGUCCGGUCUGCCGAUUCACAAACACGUCGUCGGAAGUCGGCUCCAGCGAUGCUGAUAACCCAUACUCUCAGCCCUUUGGAUCAUCCGCCUCCAACCUUUGCAGCGUGUGUGACUGCACAGACGACCUUUGGAUCUGUUUGAUAUGCGGCUAUGUCGGAUGCGGUCGGUACAAAGGCGGACACGCCAAAGAUCACUGGAAAGAGACUGCCCACAGCUUUGCUCUGGAGCUCGAGACGCAGCAUGUCUGGGAUUACGCCGGAGACAUGUGGGUGCACCGACUGAUCCGCGAUAAGGGCGACGGCAAAGUCGUCGAGCUGCCGGGGAGAAGCAGUCACAGUGGUCAGCGAGAAGACGAGGAUGUCGUGCCGCGGGCAAAGCUGGAGAACAUUGGGCUGGAGUACACGCAUCUGAUCACGAGCCAGCUGGAAUCCCAGAGGGCAUACUACGAAGAAAUGAUCAGCAAGGCAGUGGACAAGGCAGCCAAGGCGUCUGCCGUGGCGGAGAGCAGCGCGGCGCAGUCGAGCGAGACCAUGGCCAGGCUGACCAGCCUCGAGGAGAAGCAUAGGGUCCUCAGCAUGGACACGGUGCCACACCUGGAGCGGGACCUGGAGCGGGAGAAGAAGAAGGCGGGCAAGGCGGAGGGGCUGGCACGCAGCCUGGGCAAGUCGCUGCAGGAGGAGAAACGGGUCAACGAGGGGCUGAUGAAGCGCAUCGAGCAUCUCGGCGCCGACAACGAGACGGUGCGGAAGCAGCUGGACGCGCUGCGGGAGGAGAACGCGGAGCUCAAGGAGAUGAACCGCGACCUAUCCAUGUUCAUCUCCGGGCAGGAAAAGCUCCAGGAGCUGGAAAGGGAGGGCAAGGUGGAGGAAGGGGAGCUCGCGGAGGGAAGCAUGAGCGUGCCCGAGAAAAAGGGCCGGCGGAGGCCGCGCAAGAACUGA